GGGUUCAAAGUCCGUUGGUUUCAUGUUUCUGUGUCAAAACUUACAUACUCCCGAUCUACUCUACUUAAAUUACAGAUCCACGCUCUAACUCAAACAAUAACAUACAUGCUGGCUUUACUUUCACAUUACAACACACUGGUGGUUCGUUUGGGUGCCAAUGAGCUCGAAUACUGGGAAUAUAUCUGACCAAGAUGUCGAAAAUUGUCCGCCCUCUCAACAAUUAUCAUGCACCAACAACACUAACGGCCCCUCCAUCUCGAAUCCUCCGUCGGUCAAACGAAACAGUUACAUGAAACGAGGUGGAAGACGAAGGAGGUGGUGGUAUUUUAAUCGGGGCUUGCAACCGAUUUCGGAAUUGGCAGAAAUCAAAGAUGAUGCUGUCAAAUGCGAAAAUCAUGAUGUUUUGCCCACCAUCAUGGAUGAUUCCUGUGUCAUUAAUAACUAUUCACAUACCAACACUACAAUCAUUAGUAGUGACUCCACACAGAAUAAAGAAAGCUACAGUGCAUGUUUAAAACUCAUUGAGAAAUUUCAAGAAGUUGUGAUGGACAGUGCUGUUCGGGUCAUUCAAGCUGCUUUUAAGAGGUUCCGGGAAAGAAGGCGUUUCUUGAGGAUAAAAAGGGCUGUAAUGGUUAUACAAAGGAACUUGAGGAAAUGGCUUGAAACGAAGCAUCCGUGCAUAAGACCUACAGAUUUUGAAAGGCAGUCAUCAGAUGGCUCAAAAUCUGAUGAAUACAGGGAAACUAUAGAAAAUGAAUCUGAGGGUUGUGUUACAGAAGAGGAGGACAAACAACUGAACUGUAAUAAAUCUGAAAAAUGUCAAGAAAAUAAUAAUACAAAUGGGAAUGAGAGUUCAGUAAAAAAUAGUUCUGUGUAUAAGCAUCAAGAAAAUACAUGUACAUCAGAUGCAGGGAAUGUUAAUGCAGGAGUAGAGCUCAAUAAGGCUAUAAUCAAUGUGGAACCAAACUGUUUAUCACAACGUGAAGAGGAAACAAUAGAGUCUAGCACUGCACAAGUUAAAAAGUUGGUCACUAUGUCAACUGAACAUGAACACGAAAUAGUCAGAGAUGUGAAGUCAUUGCUGGAAGAAUUAUUGGUAAAAGUUAUUAGUAAUAUUCCAGAUUCAGAUGGAAAACAAAAUCAGUCAGCAAAAUCGAAGGACUCUAUGACACCGGUUAAUACCACAGAUAUUAUCUUAUGUUCUUCAAUCAGGUUGACACAAAAUGAUGAAACACAAGAAAACUUAUUGGAUAAAGCAAAUAUUAAUGUGGAGCAAGAUGAUUUGAAUUGUGAAAAUGAGAACCAGAGCAAAACAACAGCAGGUGAUGACAUGGGAGAUUGUGUGGAACACAUGCCAAAUGUGACUAAAAUUCUACCAGACUCUUUAAAAGAAAUCUGUCAGAAAUUUUUAGAUGUGUCAGAAACAUCAAACCCACACAAUAUGGAAGAUAAUGAAAGUUAGUAUUUGGAAAAUCCGGUAAAAAAUAGAUUAAUAGUCAUCUAAAAAUGACAAAUGCUCAUAUUUUUUGUAAUUUUCUAAAGUAGUAUACUUUAGAACAAUAGCCAAGUGCUAUUAGAGUUCUGCUUUUAUCUAAUCUAUACUGAUUACUUUUAGACAUUGUACGGUAGGGAAAGAAUACAGUAUACUGAUCCCAAAAUUUUGUAUAAUUUUUUAAUAUUAUAGUUACUAAGCUGCCGGCAGAAUAUCUAGCCUCGGGUUUUGCUCAGGGCAGAAAAACAUAUUAUUCAACGUCCUCCAUUCAUCCUGUCAGACGGAAAACAUAACCACAGCUAGCAGUGCAGUAAUAUGCUGUUGCUAUUGAUUAGUUAAAUAGCAAAAAUAUAAAUAUUUUUUUCGUUCCUAUAAAGGAACUACAAAUGGUUACUUUGAAAGUGAAACCAUUUAAACCAAAUAUUAUAAAAGUAACCAGGGUUUGGUAAAAAUAAUUUUUUAUGCCAGGGAACAAGAGGAUUGUUGACAGCUGGAAAAUAAAAUAAAGAGAAUGUAAGAAUGUUCAGUUAUGAUUUGUUACGUUGUCCCAACAUUGUGACAAAUACGACUGUUCAUUCAGAAUUAAAUACUUUGGAAACGAA